AGCGUACCUAUCACACAGUACGUGAGUGGACCGAGAGUUGAGGUUUGAGAUUUCACCCUGCACUCUACUCUGCACCCCGACGCCGAGUCCGGAACAUCGGCGCAAGGGACCAUGGAGAGUCGGGACACGGCAAAACGGUCGCCGGAAGAGGCCAAUGGCGGCCCAUCUGAAAGCCUCAAUGCUUCAAACGGCGAGCCGGCGCUGAAGAGGAUAAAACUCGAUAACCAGCCAAGGCCCCGGGUCAAGGGAGUCGCCCCAAUCAAAGAAGAGUAUCUCAUUGUGUCUAACGGGCAGGCCCUGAACCCCAGCGCCGAGGGCGAAGCCCUCGACGAUGAUGUCGCCGAGGGACGCACUGCGCCCGAUACUCAAGAGGCGGAGCAGGGCGCCGGGCAGGGCGGCAAGCGGAAGAAGCAGAAGGGUCAGAACAAGGAGAGAGAGUUUGGCACCUUUUCGGAUGCCCAGCGCCUUUGCAACUCGGUCGCGUGGACCCCUGAGUUCUCUCCCCGGCCCUGUAAGCAUGGCGACCGCUGCAAUGCUCUGCACGACAUCCGCAAGUACCUGAAGGAAGGCCGCCGUCCCGAUCUCUCCACAUUUGGCGGCAAAUGCCCGGUCUGGGAAAAGUACGGCAGGUGUCCGUCGGGGUGGCGCUGUCUGUUCGUCCGCAGCCACAUGGACGAAGUCAAGCACGACGAUGGGCGAUCGGAGCUAGUUCUCGUGGGCGAUGCGAGCAAGCAGUCUCCUGAGGAGGAUGGGGAGGCCGGCGAGGUCAGGCCCGGUGUCGUGAACAUGGUGCCAGCCGCGGUCAAGAUCGACCUAUCAAGGAGGAGAGUGAAGCUGGAAAAGUCGGAUCAGUAUCUGGAAUGGCUAGCCAAGGAUACCGAGCUCUACCGAGAGCAUUACCACAAGCAGAAGAACGAUGUGGAUGACUCCAAAGACUACAGGGCGCAGUACGUCGAGCCUCCCUUCAAGCCGUCGGAAAAGAGGAGAGUCUACUUUGGACGGGAAACGCCCGUGCUUGCGCCUCUGACGACACAGGGCAAUCUCCCCUUCCGCCGUCUCUGUGUCGAGCUCGGAGCCCAACUCACAUAUUCGGAGAUGGCUCUGGGCUUGCCUCUGCUGCAAGGGCAGAAGGCAGACUGGACGCUGAUGAGAGCGCACGAGAUUGAAGUAACGCCCCCUCGGUUCAAUCCCUGCGGCCCGGUUAUCCAAGGCUACGACAACUCGAAAGACCUGAAAUUCGGCGCUCAGAUAGCAGCCAACGUCCCCUGGAUUGCCAUCAAAGCCACCGAGGCCCUGUCGCGGUUCUUGCCUCAUCUCCGGCUCAUCGACCUCAACUGCGGAUGCCCCGUUGACAUGGUGUACAAAUCCGGAGCGGGGUCCGCGCUCCUGGAUGCUCCGUCGAAGCUGGAGAGGAUGGUCAGGGGCAUGAAUACGGUGUCCGGGGAAGUGCCAGUUACCGUGAAGAUCAGAAUGGGUGUCAAGGACGACAGGUUCACGGCCCACAAACUCGUCGAGCGCCUGGCGCUGGGAAGCGAGGACAUGCGCGGCGUCGUCGGCGCCCCCGGCUGCGCGGCCGUCACGCUGCACGGCCGGACCCGUCAACAACGGUACACCAAGGCGGCCGACUGGGGCUACAUCGCCGAGUGCGCGGCGCUGAUCAAGCAGUACAACGAAAAGAGCGACGAGCUGGCCGAUACGAUCCGGGAAGCCGAGGAGAACACGCUCCCCAGCAGCGGCAGGAUGUACUUCAUUGGCAACGGCGACUGCUACUCGCACGUCGACUACUUCGACCACCUCGACAACGCCAAGGUUGACAGCGUCAUGAUCGGGCGGGGCGCCCUCGUCAAGCCGUGGAUCUUCGAGGAGAUCGAGAAGGGCCAGUACCUGGACAAGUCGGCCUCGGAGCGGCUGACGUACAUCGAGAAGUUCGUCCGCUACGGCAUGGAAGCCUGGGGCUCCGACGAACUCGGCCUCAACUACACGCGCCGCUUUCUCCUCGAGUUCCUCAGCUUCUUCAACCGCUACGUCCCCGUCGGGCUCUUGGAGUAUCUCCCUCCGAAUCUGAAUGACAGGCCGCCGGCCUACCGGGGGCGGAACGAUCUCGAGACGCUGCUUGCGAGUAAGAAUUACAAGGACUGGAUCAAGAUCAGUGAAAUGUUCCUCGGGCCCGCUCCCCCCGGGUUCAAGUUCCAGCCAAAACACAAGUCGAAUAGCUAUGACAUCGAGGCGGAAGGCUGAGGAUGUCGCUGAGGAACGAGCCUGGGUCACACGAGCACAUCCGAGCACAGGGAAAGGCCUGCCUACAUAACAGGGUGUGAGUCCACAGUUGAAUGGCCAUGCCAAGGCAGAAAAGCUGCCACCGUACUAGUUUUAUGCCAUCUUCGGCGUCAGUGUUGUCA